GCCAUUUUCGGAGCGGAAGGAGGAAGAGCAGAGAGAAAACAUUCAACUCCUCAAGUCUAAAUCCUCCUGAAAUCUCGAACCUGUGUGAUGGAGGUCCCCGGGCCGGACAGCGACUGGAGGAGUCCUCAGUUCCGACAGAAAGUCGUCGCUCAGAUUGAGGACGCGAUGAGGAAGGCGGGAACUGCACACACCAAGUCCAGUAAUGACAUGGAGAACCAUGUUUACGUUAAAGCCAAAUCCAGAGAGGAGUAUUUAUCUCUGGUGGCGAGGCUGAUCAUUCACUUCAGAGACAUCCAUAAGAAGACUCUGGGAGGACCAGAUCCCAUGAAUGCCCUGACUAACCUGACAGGGGUUGGAGGGGGCCCGGGCGCCAUUGGCAUGGGGCCUCGCCCCACCGGUGCUCCAGUGGGUGGCAUGGGGGCCAUGGGGCAGAUGCAGAUAGGCCAGCAUGCCAUGGCAGGGGUGGCUGGAAACCCACAAGCCAUAGGGGGUCCAGGCCAGAUGCCGAUGCAGCAGAUGGUGCAGGCGCAGCAGCAGCAGUCCAUGCAGUUCCAGCAGUUUCAGCAGGCCCAGCAGCAGCAGCAGCAGCAGCAGCAGCAGCAGAACGCCAUGCAGCAGCAGCAGCAGACACAGUCCUGUGUGUGCUGCAGUGUUCUCCUGCCUGCUCUCUGCUCACCUGUCCUGUCGUCUCUGUCGUGUCUCUGUCCUCUGAAGUUGGUUCGCCCUGGGAUGCAGAUUCCUCCCCGGCUGCCUCGGCCUCCCCUCAAUCCCUCCAUCCCUCCUCCAAACGCUGCUGCUGCCGCCGCCGCCGCCGCUGCUGCCGCCGCCGCUGCAGCUGCUGCGGUGGGAGGACAGCCAAUGACACAGCAGGUACAGCAGCAUUCCAUGAUGUCAUCACCUUCACCUGUACAGGUGCAGACGCCACAGUCCAUGCCUCCGCCCCCCCAGCCGUCACCUCAGCCCCCCACCUCACAGCCCAACUCAGCCAGCUCCGGUCCCACUCCGUCUCCGGGGGGUUUCCAGCCCAGCCCCUCCCCUCAGCCCUCACAGAGCCCCGCCAACGCCCGGACCCCCCAGAACUAUGGAGUCCCCUCUCCUGGACCGCUCAAUACUCCAGGUAACCCCAGCUCAGUGAUGAGUCCGGCUGGAGCCACAUCUCUGGAGGACCAGCAGUACAUGGAGAAACUCAAACAGCUGUCCAAAUACAUCGAACCUCUGCGCAGGAUGAUCAACAAGAUCGACAAGAACGAAGACAGAAAGAAGGACCUGAGCAAGAUGAAGAGUCUGUUGAACAUCCUGACUGAUCCAAACACCAGGUGUCCCCUGAAGACGCUGCAGAAGUGUGAAAUCGCUUUAGAGAAGCUGAAGAACGACAUGGCCGUGCCGACCCCCCCGCCCCCCCCAGUGGCCACCAAGCAGCAGUACCUGUGUCAGCCGCUGCUGGACGCCGUCAUGGCCAACAUCCGCUCUCCAGUCUUCAACCAUUCUCUGUACCGAACCUUCGCCCCCGCCAUGACCGCCAUCCACGGACCCCCCAUCACGGGUCCCAACAUCUCCGGGAGGAAGAGGAAGCACGAGGAGGACGAGCGGCAGACCAUCCCCAACAUCCUGCAGGGAGAGGUGGCUCGCCUCGACGUCAAGUUCCUCGUCAACCUGGAUCCUUCGUUCUGCAGCAACAAUGGCACCGUGCACCUCGUCUGCAAACUGGAUGAUAAGAACCUCCCCAGUGUUCCUCCGCUGCAGCUCAGCGUUCCUGCUGAUUAUCCUGACCAGAGUCCGUACUGGGCCGACGACGGGGAUCAGUACGGUGCAAACAGCUUCCUGCAGACGGUGCACAGAAACAUGACGUCCAAACUGCUGCAGCUUCCUGACAAACACUCAGUGACGGAGCUGCUCAACACCUGGGCUCAGAGCGUCCGCCAGGCCUGUCUGUCUGCCGCCUGAAGCCCCGCCCACCACCUGACUGCACCCGCUGCACACACAGUAACACACACAGAUACUACAGUCUGAUCUGACACUUUAACCUGUUUCCUGUUGGACUUCUGUCAUUCAUACAGAGCAGCUGCUGUGCCCCACACUCAUCUUAGUCCCUGAACGCCCCUUCAGGUGGGCUGAUAUCAUGUGAUCUGAUGCGUUCAGGCAGACUGACAGAGCAGAUUUUAGCAGAAGCAGCUUGUACAUAAUAUGAACUGUGUGUUAGAAGAACCCAAACAUCUGAACUGUCAUUUAUCCUGACCGAUAUUCUGGUCCCUGAACGCAUCACACUCUGCUUCUGUUUGUUGUUUAGUUUCAUGAGUUUCUGUUUGACAUGUGAGUUCAGUUUGGGACCACAGAAGAAGAACUCUAACUCAGCUUUUCAAACUGAAAAUAUAAAUGUUUUGUUUUUUUGCUAUCAUAAAUAAAAACUGUUCAUUUAAACUUUCUGUUAAAUCCAGAAAAA